AUGUCAAAAAAUUGGAAUGAAAAUAUAGAAACAUUUGCUAAACACAUACAAAUUUAUAAAACAUUAGCUCUUCGAUGGCAAAUUAAUCCAAGUUUUCUUCAUCGAAAUUUGAAAUAUAUUCAUAUUGCUCGAACAUCAAUACAUUCUAAUCGUAUUCCAAAUCAAAAUAUUUCAAUAGAAGAAAUAUUUAAAUCACGUUUAGAUGAAGGCGUGAAUAAACCAACAUCAUCAUUAUUACGUGGUGAAGCUUUUAAUUUACAUUUACGUGGAUGGUCAUAUGAUUCAACUUGUUUACAAGAACGACGUGGUGUUAAAUACAAUGUUGCAUUUGAUUUAUCAGCAUCAUGUGUAGAAAAUUUUUUAGUUAAUACGUCAAAUAUAUCUCGAACAAUGAAACUUGGUCGAAUUGAUUCAAUAUCACCAAAUGGUAUAUCAUCAAUGAAUGAUGAUGAUGAGGAUGAUGAAUCAUCAACGAUUUCAUUUCAUGUUUCAACAAAAUAUACAUAUACAUUAACAUUCUCAACUACAAUUACAGCGAGUCGUGGUGAUGGAAAUAAAAUUUCAAUGUCUUAUGGUAAACGUGUACAACUUGAUUCAUUAUUUGAUCCACGACAACCAUUAUCUACAGUACAAUCACUUGAAAUUGAAUUAACACCUGUAUUAAUUAAUGGACAAGAAAUAUCUAAAGCAAUUUCAUCACAAUUUCCAUCAAUAUUUACAAUAUAUUUUGACCUGACAAGAGAAGCAAUAGAAGUGGUUAGAAGUGGUUCAUCAACAAGAAAAAGACAACCAAUAUCGCCAAGUAAAAUUCCAGCAACACAUCAUCAAGAACAACAAUAUCAUGAUCCUAAUGCUAAACGAAUGAGAACGGCACAGAAAACAAAUAAAAAUUCUAAUACUAAUAAUAGUUUACCAUUAUGGCGUGAUAUAUCAUCAAAUAAUGAUCAUAAUACAUCAACAAAUUUACCACUUUACUAUACUUUUUCAACAGAUAAUAAACAAUGUUUAGCUACUAGUUAUAUGUCAUCAAAAGGACAUUGUUGUCUUUGUCAAUUUACAGCUAUUAAUAAUGAUCUAGAUGUAUUAAUCAAACAUUUAUCAUAUUGUCAUCCACGUUUUACAGCUUCAUUAAAGAAAAACAGUGAUCGACCUAAUAUUGAAUUGCGUCUUAAUGCAUUCUAUGAUGGAUCACUUGAUACAUUCGAUAUGUUUGCUGAAUAUUAUCCACGUAAAAGACGUAUUACUAGUGAAUUAAUUCUUUGGCGACCACCACGUUAUCGUCGCUUAGCAAUGGAUGAUGCACCAUUUGUUUGUCGUCGAGCUGCAUUAACUCGAGUUUAUCGUCAUACAACCGGUGCACAACCUAUUGAACCAGAACAUAUGCAAAAUGAUAGUGAUGAUGAAAUAUAUCCUGAAUGGACACAACAAUUAUCACGUCGUAUGAUGGAAGAUUUUCAAGAUGUAAAUGAAGGUGAAAAAGAAAUGAUGAUCAUGUGGAAUCAUCAUGUUAUGAAGCAUAAUUUUAUUGCUGAUAGUCAAAUACCAUAUGCAUGUGACCUUUUUGUUGAAAAACAUGCAAAAGAUUUACGAGAAAAGAAUCUUGUGAAAAAUUUCUAUCUACAUUUGGCAACACUUCAAUUAUAUAAUCUAAUUAAAAAGACAGAUUUAGCAAAAUGUAUUAUUCGUUUAAAAACCAUAUUGGGUACAACACCAUCUGUGUCAACUUCUACAUGA